GAAGAAAUAAUAAUAAUAUAUAAAUACGACGGCUUUGGACGCUCUUUUGAGUUGGUUGGAUUUGAGUCAGCAGCCAUUGUUGACAAUCAUUCGUGUUUUUCUAUGUAUAAAUAUGUAGAGAUUGACUGGCGACUGGAUAGAGGAAAUUCGAUUGAACGGGGAGGGUUAAGAUUGAGCGGUGGAGGAUCGUAAGUAAUGGCGGGGGAUGGAGUUGAAGUGGCGAAAUUGGAGGAGAAGGAAUUGAAGCUUUGUGAAGAUCAAGUUUCACAUCUUGCUCUGGAUAUCGGAGGUUCUCUAAUAAAGAUGGUGUACUUCUCCAGUAGCAGUAGUUGCUCUACUGAUGAUCAGGAAAAUGGCUUUAUAAGGGAGGGAACUAAUACAUCCAGUGGCAACUUAGAGUAUAGGGUCCUAAGCGGGAGGCUUCACUUUCUGAAGUUUGAAACUAGCAAGAUAAGUGAAUGCAUAGAGUUCAUAUCUUCAAAGCGCCUUCAGCAUUAUGGUGAUCAGGGUGAUGAGGCCCCUGCCGGUGACAAACACAUUGUUAAGGCCACAGGUGGUGGAGCAUUUAAAUUUUCCGAUUUAUUCAAAGAAAAGCUUGGUAUUAUCUUGGACAAGGUAGAUGAAAUGAGUUCCCUUGUCGCUGGAGCUAAUUUUCUACUCAAGGCAGUGCACCAUGAAGCCUUUACCUAUAUGGAUGGUGUGAAGGAUUAUGUCCAGAUUGAUCAUAAAGAUUUGUAUCCUUAUCUCCUAGUUAAUGUGGGUUCUGGAGUCAGUAUGAUCAAGGUAGAUGGUGACAACGAGUUUGAGAGAGUCAGCGGAACAAGUGUUGGUGGUGGUACAUUCUGGGGCCUGGGGAAACUUUUGACCAAGUGCAAAAGUUUUGAUGAGUUGUUAGAAUUGAGUCACCAGGGGAACAACAGAGUGAUAGACAUGCUUGUGGGAGACAUAUAUGGUGGAACGGGUUAUUCAAAGAUUGGUCUUACAUCAACGACCAUUGCUUCUAGCUUUGGCAAGGCAGUAUCUCAAAACAAAGAACUUGAAGAUUACAGAACUGAGGAUGUAGCCAGGUCCCUGUUAAGAAUGAUCUCAAAUAAUAUUGGACAGAUUGCUUACUUGAAUGCGUUACGCUUUGGACUGAAGAGGAUAUUCUUUGGGGGUUUUUUCAUUCGGGGUCAUGAGUAUACAAUGGACACAAUCUCUGUCGCAGUUCAUUUCUGGUCAAAUGGUGAAGCUAAAGCUUUAUUUCUGCAUCAUGAAGGGUUUCUGGGUGCUUUAGGAGCAUUUAUGAGCUACGAAAAGCAGGGGUGUACAGAUAUUGCUCAUCAAUUCAUGGAAGAACACUCUUCGGUAGCAAAGAGUCCAUUCUGCACAAGUGACAGGUUGGAAAGCUCAACCCAUACUGAUGUAAAAGACAACGGCUGUAUAGAAUGUCGAGUGCAAGUUAGAAACUGAGAGUUUUUUGAAGACUGCACACAAAGAAGGAACUGCCUGUCUGGAAAUUCUUUGCUGCCUACUAAAGUUAGCAACCUACACACUCUAAAGAUUUCCAAGGCUAAGAUUGAGGUCGUGGUUCUCUCAUUUCUUGUAAUUUUAGUUCAUCAGUGUAGUUUUGCGGUAUAUUACAUUUACACGUAUGAAGUGGGAAAAAUGAGCUCCCCUUUGUUGUUAUGGGUAACAAUACAAAUCCGCAAUUUCUAUGUAUAUUGUACAGAAGGGUUGUUAACGGGUUCUGUAGAUGUUACACCCAGUGUAUAAUAUAUUUGAUAGAUGGAUGAUUGACAUAUACCUCAUUUUUUAUAAUUAAGAUGUAUAUGUCAUUCAUCCCUGCACCAGUGUAUCAUGUAUUUAACCUUGUUAAUGGUCAGAUUUUCAGUAAAAUGUUUAGUUGGAUU